AUGGCUAAUAAGAUCGUCAUCUCCAUCGUAUCCUUGGUCUUGGUUGUCGCUGCCGUCCUAGGCGUGGUUGCCGUCAUCAAAACCAGCGGAGGCAAAUCCGAUAAAGAUCUUUCGACUAGCAACAAGGCAGCCGACAGCGUUUGCAAACCAACCGAGUAUAAAGAGGCUUGCAAGAAAGUAGCGGUCGAGGUGGCCAAGAACUCCUCCGCCACCCACGAGGACUACAUCAUUGCAACCAUUCGUGCAACCGCGGAUGAAUUACAAAAGGCCCUUAAAAAAGCCUCCACUGCCAAGGAUGAUUUGGAUGAUGACGAUAAAAAGGAUUCCCCCUCCCAUCGUGACCUGGAGACAUGUGAGAAAAUGUUAGGAUAUGCCAAAGAUGAGCUUCAACAGGUUCUUAAGGUUGUCUCUGAGACUGAAGCAGUCUCUCUGGCCCAACAGAUCGAUCCAAUCCUUGUUUGGUUGACGGCCGUUCGUGCAUACCAGACGACAUGUGUUGAAGAGAUCAGGGAUGAAAAACUCAAAAAGGACAUGCAAGAAGGUCUGGAAACGUCCAAUGAGCUUACUUAUAAUGCACAAAAGAUUGUGUACAAUGUUCUUGAUAUCCUUAAGGAUAUCGGAGUUGACUUGGGUGAAUUGGGUGACUUGCAGCUCCCUCCCACCGGAUCACGUAGGCUUCUUGAUGAACUCCAUGAGAUCGAGCAUUAUGGCUUUCCAUCGUGGGUCUCUACCACCGAUCGUAAGCUUCUCGGAUCCAAGAAGGGUGGAGGUGGUAAGCUCAAACCAAAAGGCCAAGCGAUCUUCAAAACUCCCCCGCCACCUCCUCUUCCUCCGACUGUCACGCCUAACGCAAUUGUCGCUCAAGAUGGAAGCGGGAAAUUUAAAAGCAUCAAACAAGCUCUAGCUGCUUAUCCUCCAAAUCAUCAAGGAAGAUAUAUAAUCUAUGUUAAGGCCGGUGUGUACAACGAAGGUCAAAUCAUCGUAGGAAAGACACACAAUAACGUCUACAUGUACGGAGAUGGUCGCACCAAAACCAUCAUCACUGGAACCCUAAACUUUGGAAUUCAAAAAAUUUCAACCUCCCAAACUGCAACCGUAGUUGCCUUAGGAGAAAGGUUCAUGGCUAGGGCUAUAUGCUUUAGAAACACAAUCGGACCAGCAGGACACCAAGCGGUUGCAUUUCGAUCUCAGUCCCCUCACACUGUUAUGGUCGAUUGCAGCUUCGAGGGUUACCAGGACACCUUGUAUUACCACGCCCAUGACCAGUUCUACAAGAAUUGUGCCAUAUCCGGAACUGUGGACUUCAUCUUUGGGUUUGGACGGGCUUAUAUCCAAGACUCGGAAAUCUUCGUUCGAAAACCAGACAAAAAUCAGGCAAGCAUGGUAACAGCUGAUGGAAGGACCAAAUUUGAAGAAGCGGGUGGUGUGGUGCUUCACAAUUGCAAGAUCAUGCCAGCUGCGGAGUUGGCUCCAGUAAAGGGACAAUAUGCCUCGUACCUAGGACGACCAUGGAAACCAUCGGCAACGUCUGUGAUAAUGCAAUGUGACAUAGGAGAUCUAAUCAAACCAGAAGGUUGGACGGUAUGGGAAUCACCUGAGGGGAAGAACAACCACAUGUCAUGUAUGUUUAGGGAGUUUGGCAACAGGGGACCAGGUUCCAACAUGGCAGGUAGGGUAAAGUGGAAGGGGUUUCAACCAAUCAAAAACCAAAAGGAAGCAUUGGGUUUUACAGCUGGCACAUUCAUGAUGGCAGGAGCUUGGUUACCUCAGUAUGGUGUAAAAGCUAAUCUUGGGCUUUAA